ACUGCCAUCAAAGAUUCUAAUGCAACAAUUGUGCAAAGAAAAACUCACAUGGGAUGAGGACAUUCCAAAACAGUGUGCAGAAAGAUGGACUUAUUGGUUACGAGGGUUAAAUCAGUUAGCUGACUUCAGUGUAACAAGGUGUAUAAAACCAGUGGACUUUGGAGUGCCCACCUCUGCACAACUGCAUCACUUCUCGGAUGCAAGUGAGGUAGGAUAUGGAGUUGUCUCAUACCUCAGAUUGUUGAAUGCUGAUGGACUCGCACACUGUGCCUUCGUGAUGGGGAAAUCUCGUGUGGCGCCAUUAAAGCAGACCACCAUUCCACGUAUGGAGUUGACUGCUGCUGUCGUUGAUGUUAAAACGGACAAGAUGCUGAAAGAAGAACUGGAACUAGACUUACAUGACUCUGUAUUCUGGACUGACAGCACCACUGUUUUGAGAUAUAUUGACAAUGAAGGUCUUCGCUUCAAAACGUUUGUUGCAAACAGAAUUGCCACCAUACGAGAGUCAACUAGACCACAACAGUGGAGAUACAUCAAUACAUCUAUGAAUCCAGCAGAUUGUGCAUCAAGGGGACUUACUUGUGAAAAGUUCAUGAAAAAUGUGAGCUGGAUCAAUGGUCCUUCUUUCCUCAAAGAACCAGAAAGCAACUGGCCUGAGACAAAUUGUGAUCUGUCAACAAAAGUAGAUGACAGUGAAGUUAAACACUCAGCCUCAGUAAAUCUCGUGUAUGCAGUGGAUGGCACAGAUGCUGUGAACAAAUUGAUCAAUUAUUACUCUGAUUGGUACAAGUUAAAGAGAGCCGUGGCAUGGAUCCUUAGAUUCAAAGACAGCUUUGUACAACACAGCAUAAACAAAAAAGGUCUGAGUUGUAAAACAGAUUCCACAGCAGAAAACAGCAAAGCUCUAACAAUGCAGGACAUGACACGAGCUGAAAAUGAGAUCAUCAAGUUCACUCAAAAACUAAGAUUCAAGGAAGAAAUGUCAAUGUUGCAAAAAGGUAACACAUCUGUGAAAAAGAACAGCUGCCUUUCUAAAAUGGAUCCUACACUUCAGGAUGGAUUGCUAAGAGUUGGAGGUCGUCUUGGUAGAUCUGCAAUGUCUGAACAUUCAAAGCAUCCAAUCAUUUUACCCAAAGACUCACAUGUCACAACUUUAAUCUUAAGAGACAUUCAUGAGAGAAUUGGACAUUGUGGACGGAACUACAUGCUUUCAAAGUUGCGACAAAAAUUCUGGCUUUCUUCUGCAAACUCCAUUGUAAGAAAGCUUCUUUCCAGAUGUGUAACUUGUAGAAAGAUCAGAGCAAAGGCUGCAGAGCAGAAAAUGUCAGAGCUGCCACUUGACAGAAUUACACCAGAAUCAACCACCUUUUACCAACGUCGGGGUUGACUACUUUGGACCGUUUGAGGUCAAACAAGGUAGAAGUAAUGUUAAAAGAUAUGGGGUUCUGUUUACCUGCUUAACAACAAGAGCUGUGCAUAUUGAAGUUGCACAUACUUUAGACACAGACUCGUGUUUGAAUGCCAUCCGACGCUUUGUAAGCAGGAGAGGUCAAGUGUCAAUCAUGAGAAGUGACAAUGGCACUAAUUUUGUAGGUGCUGAAGUUGAAUUGCGCAAAGCCAUUCAGCAGUGGAAUCAAUCAAAAAUUGAAAGCACUCUCUUGCAAAAGGGAAUACAGUGGAUGUUCAACCCACCCUCUGGAUCUCAUUUCGGUGGAGUGUGGGAAAGACAGAUAAGGUCUGUUAGAAAAAUCCUAAAAUCUGUGUUGAAAGAACAAACACUUACUGAUGAGAGCUUGCAUACAUUCCUGUGUGAAGUGGAAGCAAUAAUAAACGACAGACCACUUACCAUUUCAACGGAUGAUCCCACCGAUCCAGAACCUUUAACACCUAAUCACCUGUUAUUAAUGAAAGGACAACAACGUCGCAAGUGGAAACAAAUUCAAUAUCUUGCUGACCUAUUCUGGAAGCGGUGGGUGCGUGAGUAUUUGCCUUUGCUUCAGGAGCGGCAAAAAUGGACUCAGGUAAAGAAAAACCUUAAAGUUGGAGAUGUUGUCUUGAUAAUAGAUGACUCGUCACCAAGAAACUCAUGGAUCUGUGGAAGAAUCAUGAAAACGUUCCCAGAUAACAAAGGACUGGUAAGACGUGUGUUGGUUAAAACUAAGACCAAUACCUUGGAAAGGCCUGUUGACAAGUUGUGCUUUAUUUGUGAAAUGGACUGUU